AUGGACGUAGAGCUCUAUGUAUACGACCUGUCCAAGGGUCUUGCGCGCAUGACAUACGUAAAGUAUUCAGUUCCUCUGACAGGAAUCCAAAUCGAUGCCAUCUACCACACCGCGCUCGUCUUUGGCGGCGUCGAGUACUUCUUCGGCCAGGGCAUUCACCGGACUGUCCCAGGCUCGACGCACCAUGGACAGCCCAUGGAGAAGCUACAUAUGGGACGAACAGAGCUCCCCCAAGAAGUAAUCCAGGAAUAUCUUGGGUCGCUCGCUGAAAUUUACACGCCAGAGUCGUAUGACCUGUUCAUGCAUAACUGCAACAAUUUUACUCAAGAUUUAGCCAUGUUCCUCCUUGGGAAGGGCAUCCCGGAACAUAUCCAGUCGUUACCAAAGACCUUUCUCAGCACCCCUCUGGGGCAGAUGUUACGGCCACAGAUUGACUCGGCAAUGCGUGGCAUCACCCAGGCAGACCCAACGCAGCAAGCAGUCCCAGCUCCUCCUCAGCCGGUAGUCCAGCCAGUGCCUCAGGUCCAGGAAAGGCUGGCAGCUCCAGAAGUGAGAGGGUACGUGAGGAAUGUCAGCAACUUGAAAGAGUUGGAACAGCAACUAUCACUCGCAGCGGACAGCUGUGCGUGCAUCUUUUUCACCUCCUCGACCUGUGCGCCCUGCAAGAUUGUCUACCCUACAUACGACGAGCUUGCAGAAGAAGCCGGUGACAAAGCCAUCUUAAUCAAGGCUGAUUUGAAUGUCGCUUUUGAUGUAAGCUCAAGGUACGGAGUUCGCGCGACGCCGACAUUUAUGACCUUUUUGAGAGGCAAGAAAGAAGAUGAAUGGAGCGGUGCCAAUCCAGCGCAGCUCAGGGGUAAUGUGCGGUUGCUGAUACAAACCGCCCAUCCUGCCCAUCCGCAUACCUUUCUUCGCCUACCGAGUCUUCAGCGGCAGAUCACAAAUUAUGUCACCUAUACAAAGCUUCCUCCCCUGGAUAAACUGCUCCAAAAGAUCGGGUCAUACAAGGACGAUCCCACGAUCAAGACCCUUGUGGAUUUUAUAAAGACGAGAUCUGCAACCGAGCCUGCCAACACCGCUGUUCCAAACCUUUCCUUUUUGAGCGCCUUUUUGCAAUCUACAUUUCCGUCGAUACCAAAGGACAGCCAGUUUGCCGUUGUUGAUCUGAUCCGAGUUGCAUUCUUAGACUCCCGAGUGAGCGGUUUCUUUGCAGAGGAUCCAAACCACAAAACCCUCCUGACUCUUUUUUCCCCUGCUGAGGAUCUCGCCUCGUGUCCGUACAAUUUGAGGAUUGUUAUGCUUCAACUAGCGUGCAACCUUUUCACGACGCCUCUGUAUCCGGAGCAGAUUGCGUCAGAUCAGACUUUGCGCGAGACCUGCAUCCGACUGCUCACAGGGUCUCUGCUAGACAGCCACACGAAUCUACGGGUUGUUGCGGCGUCUUUUGCUUAUAACCUAGCAGGUUAUAACCACAACUCGCGCUUUGCCGGUAAGCCCGACGAAUUCUCAGAGGGCGAUCAGGUCGAGCUUGUGGCUUCCUUGGUAGAGGCCAUCGGCACAGAAGAAGAGAGCGUCGAAGCAUUGCACGGGUAUCUUUUUGCGCUGGGACUGUUCCUGUACGAGGCGCCGGUCGACGGGGAGCUCAGCGAUCUGUGCCGGGCCAUGGGGAUCGCAGAGUCGGUGCAGGCCAAGAAGCAGGUGGAGAAGCUGAAGGGCGAGCCGCUGCUGAAGGAGGUCGGCCAGGAGCUGCUGGCAAAGGGACUGAAGUAA